AUGAUAAACGUCGACGCCCUCGCCGCGUGGCUCGACCUCGCGCGAUGCCCGCGCGCGCUCGAGGGGGCGUGGACCGAGGACAGGGCGGACCCGCGACGGCGCUCGCUGUGUCCGCUCGUCACCGCGCUGGGGGUGCCGAGAAUUGUGUGUCCAUUGAUCGAUGCGGUGAAGACGGAUGUUUUCAUUACGUGCGACGACGACGGCGGUGGGAUGACGGUGAUCGAUCGGACGAACGUGAGCGGGGCGAACGUCACGGCGGUGCGGUUCGAUGGGACGGAGCGCGAGCGGACGACGCGGGGGGGGAGGAAGAGUUUCAUGCUGAGCGGCGACGCGCGGGCGAGCGCGGGGAGCGCGACGGUGCGGUGCCGGUUGCAUCGAAGAGGCGAUGGAUGGGAGACGCUGCAGGUGCGGGAGAUUGUGGAUGGGAAACUGCGAGAGCGGAACGUGUUGAAACGGCCGGGGAUGGAGGAUGUGGUCGUGGAUAGGUACUUUAAAAGGAAGGAGUAG